CUAUUGAUAUUAACAUUAAUAUAUAUAUAAGACCUGGUUCACACUGGGAAACUUUUGUAGAGAAACUUUUGAUUUUUGCGUGUGAGAGAAAGAGAAAGAAAUAUCAAAUAUCAGUGUGAACCAGGUCUAACCGAGAUAGUGACUGUUUACACUGGGAAAUUUUUGGUUUUUGUGAGUGAGAGAAGUAGAAAAAAUAUAAUUUUGUGUAUUUCUCUCUCACAUAAAAUCAAAAGUUUCCCUGUGUAUACGGGAACAGACAUAAUCAACCCACAACCGUUAGCUUCUGUAUAUAAGCAUUUGCUUCUGUAUAUAAGUAUAUAAGCUUCUGUAUAUAAGCUUAACAUUUUGCCGUACUUUUUGUUUAUGUUUAACUAAUUUGUUCAAAUUAAACAAAAUAAAUUAUGAAUAAUUCAAAAAUAAAGAAAAUGCGCAUACCAGUUGAAUUGAGGCAAUUACAAAAAUCACAAAAUGAACAUGGCAUAAGUUGCAACACUUUGUCCAGUUCCCCAGAUGAUUUUACGGCUCUAGAAGCUUAUAUACCUGGUCCUAAAGGUUCGCCAUAUGAAGAGGGUACUUUUAAGAUGUCCAUAACAUUCGGUGAACAAUAUCCCUUUCGACCGCCAACCUUUAAAUUUAUUACUCCCGUUUAUCAUCCUAACAUAGACAGUGCGGGAAAAAUUUGUUUGGAUCUUUUACGUAUGCCGCCAACUGGGUCCUACAAUCCUGCGAUUACUUUGGAGUCUAUAUUGUUGUCGAUACAACUUCUAUUGGCCAAUCCUAAUCCGGAUGACCCUUUACAAGGUGAUGCUGCCGAUUUAUUUAAAUCGAAUCGUGAUCUUUAUAAUCAAAAAGCUAGGGAGUUUGUUAAACAACAUAGCUGCCUGCAUGAAGACAUGAAAGUUGUUGAUAGCGGGGAAGUUAAGGAAAACGAUGUUCCUUCUGGGAAUCAAGAAGUGAAAAAGAAAAAGCUUAAACUUAGCUACAAAUAACAAAUGAUGUAAAUUUAAAAUGUGUUGUUAGAAAUAAAGAAAUUUUAUUGUAUUUAUAUAAAAAUUAA